GGGUUUCUGAUAUUCGUUUAAUUUUGUUUGUCUUUUGGUUUUUCAGCACUUCAACGUUAGCAGCAGAUUCUCUUGCAUUUCCUGUUUCAGUUCCACCCCAGCAUACGAUUCCGGCAGACAUGUCAAACAGGCACACCAUUAUUUUGAUGCAAACUUCACAGAGCAGAGCAACGAGGACAUUUAUGGAUUAUGAUUCCAUAAGUCAAGCUAUGGAUGGGAUAUGUGGAUUAUAUGAAAGGAAACUUAAAGAUCUAAAUCCAGCAUCAGGAAACAUCACUUAUGACAUUUCUGAUCUUUACAAUUUCAUUGAUGGCCUUGCAGAUAUGAGCGCCCUUGUCUAUGAUCACAGGAUUCAAGCUUUUUUGCCUAAUGACAGGGAAUGGAUCAAACAGAAACUAUUUCAACACCUUAAGAAGUUGGCACAUUAAUUAAAUCGUUUCCGCAGAAAGUGGUAAUAGAAAGAAAAUGUGUAUCAAAGUGCAGAAGAUCUCAUAUGUGAUAACUAUGUGGUCGAUUAUAGCUCCUAGCUUUGCACAUAUGUUUUUGAGAACGAUUGCAGCUUUCUCCAAAGUUACAGAUGAAUAGCACAUGUUUUGUGUGGUCAUUGUUGUACCUAUAAGCAAAGUUAAUGGUAUUUUUGUCU